CCGCAAACUUUCUCACACACUCUCUUUUCCUUCCUUCCUUCCUUGUAGUUUCAACUCAAACGAAAUGCCUCUUGCGCCGCAUGUGACUAUACCUGGUUGUGGUGUUGUCAGGGGUGUUCGAGUCCAAGGACAACCUUCUGUUGCACAAUUUCUUAACAUCCCCUACGCUACCGUUCCUGAGCGCUGGCGACCCGCUGUCAAGGCCACUCCAUGGACCGGUGUUCGCGAUGCUUCUAGACAAGGACCCGUAUGCCAGCAGCCUAAAAGCCCGAAUGCGAUAGUUAGCAUGGCCAGUCCAGAUUUUGAUGAGGACAAUGAAGAAGAAUACGCAAAAGUUUAUAGCGAGAAACAUUGCUUAAAUCUUAACAUUUACGCACCAUAUGACCAUCUGCAGGAUAAAAGCGGUAAUAAACCAAGCUCAUCCAAGCCAUUGAUCCCAGUCAUGGUCUGGAUCCACGGCGGAGGAUUCAAGGAUGGAAGCAAUGCGAUGGAUAUGUAUGAUUCUUCCAACUUUGUGGCUCACUCGAUCCAUAAUGUAGGACGACCUGUCAUUGUAGUUGUGAUCAAUUACCGUCUCAACUAUUUUGGGUUCCUGGCUUCUGCAGAGUUGGUACAGGAUGUACAAUCCGACAAGCGGCUGCCAUCAAGCAGUAGCGAGAAGGCUGUAGGGAACUGGGGGUUACUAGAUCAAAAGAUUGCACUUGAGUGGGUACAGGAUCACAUUGAGGCCUUUGGUGGUGACCCCAAAGAUGUCACAGCGUUUGGAGAGUCUGCAGGAGCAGCAUCGAUUGGAUAUCAUAUGGCCAUCCCAUCUCAUCAUGGCUUAUUCCAACGAGCAAUCUUGCAAUCCGGCGCCACGACCACGAUGCCUGCAGGUCGUCCCUUGUUCGAAGGCCAACGUCGGUUUGAUCAACUGUGUCAACAUUUUGGACUCCUUCGUCCCGAUCUCACGCCCGCACAGAGACUGGAACAUCUUCGGAAGAUGUCCGCAAAGGAGCUGGUCACUGCUGGAGACCAUGGCAAGACCGGUAUGUUUACUCCAACAAUUGAUGGUGUUCUAAUCAAGAGUGAUGUUCGUGAGUGGAUUCAUGAUGCUACCCGAUAUGAUCCAGGUCUCAAGGCUGUGAUGUUGGGUGAUUGUCGAGAUGAGGGCAAAAUGUUUGUUCCUGAAUUAGGAUGUAAAUCUUUAAAACACUGGCCAAGGUUUAAGGCAAGAUACUGUCCUCCAGGCGAAGAGAAAGAGUUUGAAGCUAUAUAUGGCGAACCAAAGACAAAUGAAGAGGCUGCGGAUAUUUCGGCAGUCGUUAUUAGCGAUUCUGUGUUUUUGUAUCCGAUCCAUGCCACUAGCGCGUCGCUUUUGCAGCAAGUGAAGCAUAAAGAACAGGGGCAAGAACCUGCGAUUUCUCGUGAUGUGGUUCGCUUCCAUUUUGAUCGUCCUCUCAAGGUAGUUGAAGAUAUGGGAAUGGGGCUUGGAGCGCAUCAUGCGGUGGAGCUGCCCUUCUUGUUUGGUUCAGAUAUUUACUUGGAUUUAAUGACAGAGGAAGAGAAGGCACUGUCAAAGCAGAUGAUGACCUUGUGGAUCUUGUUUGCUUGGGGUGAAACGAGUCGUCAGCACAGCUUGAAAAACGGAUUAGAUUCACUCUUGCCUGCGGAUGUAGGCGUCCAAAGAAAGGAAGCAUUGGUCUUCACAGAGAAUUGUACAGUGGAGAAGACGCUCGUUGAGCGGCUAGAUGCAAGGACAUUGGCGUUUUGGCGCCGUAGCGAAGCUUGGAUCAAGGCGAAACGCGAGAAGCAAUCGUCUCCGGGAGCCAAGCUUUAAUCAUUCAAUCAAUAAAAUUUUAUCUUUUCGCAGAG